GUCAGUAUCCACGGGUGAGGUGCCGGAGGAUUGGAGGAUAGCUCAUGUUGUUCAGUUGUUUAAAAAAAGGCUCUAAAAGAUAUUGCCUCUGUGCUGGAAAGAGCUAAAGCAGAAUAUAUCAGCAGGACCUACAAAAUAGAUUGCUGGAGCGAUCCAGUUGAUUUCUUAGAGAAGCUUGCAUUCAGAACAGAAAAGCUUUUGAAGGGUGGAGAGCCUGACAUACAAACUGUGGCCAAAAUGGUUUUGAAUGAUUGGCAAAGAGGGUGAAUACCUUUUUAUGUUAAGCCACCAGAUGCUGAAGGCGACUCUCAGCCAUUGACUAUGUUAAAAGUGGAAAAAGAGCCAAACAAAUCUGAUCAAGUGAAAGGGUCGUCAGAAACAGUGACUGUUGAAAAAGAACAUGAAAAAGCUGAAAAUCCAAUAGUGCCACAAAUAGUUGCACACAUAAGGCAAAACUUUGGGAAAAUCAACGUGGUGCCUGAAUUUUCUGAGGCAGACCUUCUACCUGUGAACAUUUCUGAAGAUGAAGACAUUUUGGAUGAAGAAGCGAAAGAGGAGGAAGAGCAGGGUAACGAAGAUAGUGAUGGGAACGAAUCAACUGGUGCUGAACUAAAUAAACUUCAGGAGAAUAAUCACCAAUGUGUGGACAAACCAAAACAGACAAUGUGGGAUUUAGAUGAAAAGAUUGUGAAGUACAAAAAGUUAUUGGAUAAAGCCAAAGCAAAAAGAUUCUCAGCUAUAAGAAUUCCAAAGGGGCUUAUCACAAAAUUGCUCACACAAAUAAAUGAAAAGACAUCUGAUCAGACACAGAAAUCUACAGAAAAUGGUGGUAGAAGAAGAAAAAGAAAAGCUCAAAAUGAAUUAGAUGAGGAACCUCCUCCCAAACUUUCAUCUAAACAGAGGCAAAGGCUGGACCGUUUGCAGCACUCAAAGAAGGUUGGUGUCCGGUAUUAUGAAACGCACAAUGUCAAGAACAAAAAUAAAAACAAAAAGAACCCUGCAUCCAAACCACAGAAACGUAAAAAGAAACGAUAA